UCUGGGCCGGGAGCAGGAGGCAAGCGCCCGGCUGGCUCCCUCCUCCUCCUCCUCCUCCUGAGUUUGGAAAGGGCUGCCCAGCUGAGCUGAAGUCCAGGCUGCUGGGGCUUGCCUCCGGGAGACGCUUCGGAGGGAGCCGGGCGAAGGAGCCUCGCCGAAGCCCAGGGCGCCCUGUGGGGCCAAGCGGUGCCCCCUCCCUAGUGUGGGAGAGCCAGGUAAUUGCUUACUUGAAAACAGAGUCACAUGUUGCUUCAUCUGCUUCUAAAGAUGCCCAUCUUCCUUUUCCUCUUCCUCACAGGACUGCUAGGAAUCAGCUCUCUGAAGAUCUCUCCAAAUGACCGUGAAGUCAUCCUUAGUCUCUACAGUGAUUUUACUUUGACAUGUUCUGGACAGGAUGAGGUUUUCUGGAUGAAAGACAACAAACAUAACAUCAUAGACACUGUUCUAGAGAAAAAGGGUGGCACUUUUUUUAACACCCUCACACUUAGGAACGUGAGUGGAUUCGACACGGGCGAGUAUUCCUGUAAUUACAUCCAGCUACCCGGGGGAAAAGCCAUCUAUAUUUUUGUACCAGACCCCUCUUUGCCAUUCCUACCAAAUACACAUGAUGACACAUUUGUUUUUAGCACUGGCCAUGUGGAGGACAUCAUCCCAUGUCGUGUGACAGACCCAAACACUACAGUGACUGUGUAUGAAAAAAAGGUUAAUGACCCAGUCCCUGGUGUUUAUAACCCACAACAAGGGUUUAAGGGAUACUUUGAUGAUACAACAUACAUCUGUAGGGCAACUAUAGAUGAGCAAGAGUUUGACUCUGAGCAAUUCUAUAUCUACAGCAUUGAAGUUCCUUCUCAACCUAACUCUGCUAUCAACAUGUCUGUUAGCGCAAUGCAAACUAUUGUGAAGCGUGGCGAAAAUAUAUCUUUGUCAUGUACAGUAAGAGGUAUUCAGUUGGUUAAUUACACCUGGAGCUAUCCAGGUCAAAAAGUAGGCAAGGUGGUUAAGAUAGAUACACAGUUUGCACAAGGAAUCUACCACUAUUCCACACUAACCAUCCACAACGUUGAGCUAGAAGAUGAAGGACCAUAUGUUUGUGAGGCCAUUGAUACCUAUCAUGGGAGGAAAGAAGCACAAGGCAUCAGUAUCAGAGUGCUUGACCAUGGCUUUGUGACCUUCCACACUGUUAUGAAUGACACUGUGUUUGCUGAACUGCACAAGAGCCACGUUUUCCAUGUGCAGAUUGAGGCCUAUCCAAGCCCAACUAUUGUCUGGUCUCAGAAUAACCAGCCACUGACCUCAGGAAGCAACAACGAAUUUGCCAUCAGCACCAGAAAUUUGUCAGAAACCAGGUAUCAAACUACUCUAACCCUUGUAAGAGUGAAACAAAGUGAAGGAGGUUUAUACACUGUCCGAGCUUUCCAUGACGAUGACUCGGAGGACCUCUCCUUUUACUUGCAGAUUAAUGUCCCAGCUAAAGUGACAGACCUGAGAGAAAACAGCAACACCAGCAGUGGGGAACAAACUGUGACAUGUAUUACAGAAGGAAUGCCUCAGCCAGAGAUUACCUGGUUUACCUGCAAUGAUGUCAAGCGAUGUAAUGGGGAGGCCACCAGAAUCCUGGGGAAUACUUCUGAAGAUAUGGAUCUACAAAUAAACUCCACCUACCGAGAUGACCUAAGGAUUUACAUUGUGACAAGCAAGCUGCGCCUCAACCGAGUAGAUGAGCCACUCUUCAUAAGCUGUGAUUCUAGAAAUCUCUUAGGCGCAGAUUCUCAGAACAUCACCUUGGUACCACACAAUUUGCCCUUUAAAGUCAUCAUCAUCUCAGUCAUCCUGGCCUUGCUGGUCCUUAUGGUUCUUUUUUUGGUGAUCCUCAUCAUUGUGUGGCGAAAGAAACCUCGCUAUGAAAUCCGCUGGAAGGUGAUUGAGUCAGUCAGCUCUGAUGGACAUGAAUACAUCUAUGUGGACCCCAUGCAGCUUCCUUAUGAUUCCAGUUGGGAGGUUCCAAGGGAUAAGCUUGUGCUGGGACGCACACUGGGCUCUGGGGCCUUUGGGCGUGUGGUGGAAGCCAUUGCCCACAGCCUCAGUCAUUCUCAGUCCACCAUGAGGGUUGCUGUGAAAAUGCUCAAGUCUACUGCACGAAGCAGUGAGAAACAAGCACUCAUGUCAGAACUGAAAAUCAUGAGCCACCUUGGGCCUCAUCUGAACAUUGUCAACCUACUUGGUGCCUGCACAAAAGGAGGUCCCAUCUAUCUCAUAACAGAAUACUGCCGCUAUGGAGACCUGGUGGAUUACUUGCACAGGAACAAGCACACCUUCCUCCAGUGCUGCAGCGAGAAAGUAAAGCAAGAGACAGAGGUGUAUGGGAAUGCCCCUACAGAGGACAGGGUGCAAAGCCAUACAUCAUUAUCUGUGGAAAGUGAUGGGGGCUAUAUGGAUAUGAGUAAAGAUGAAUCAUUGGAUUAUGUGCCCAUGUCAGACAUGAAAGGUGAAAUCAAGUAUGUGGACAUUGAUUCCUCCAAUUAUGGUACCACUUAUGAGCUGGGCACCUAUUCACCCACAGUUUCUGAGAAAGUGACAUUGAUAAAUGAGUCUCCUAUCCUCAGCUACACAGAUCUUGUUGGUGUUAGCUUCCAAGUGGCCAAAGGGAUGGACUUCUUAGCUUCCAAAAAUUGUGUGCAUCGAGACCUGGCUGCAAGAAAUGUUCUCAUCUGUGAAGGAAAGCUGGUGAAGAUCUGUGACUUUGGCCUAGCAAGAGAUAUCAUGAGGGAUUCAAAUUACAUUUCCAAAGGAAAUACCUUCUUACCUUUGAAAUGGAUGGCACCUGAAAGCAUCUUCAACAACCUGUACACUACCUUAAGUGAUGUGUGGUCCUUUGGGAUCCUUCUAUGGGAAAUAUUCACUCUGGGUGGGACUCCAUAUCCUGAACUGCCCAUGAAUGAACAAUUCUACAAUGCCAUCAAGCGUGGUUACCGAAUGUCUAAGCCAACUCAUGCAUCUAAUGAGAUCUAUGAAAUCAUGCAGAAAUGCUGGGAGGAAAAAUUUGAGAUCAGACCAUCUUUCUCUCAGCUAGUGAUGCUCUUGGGGAAUCUGCUGACAGAAAACUAUAGGAAGAGGUAUCAACAGGUUAAUGAAGAAUUCUUGAAGAGUGAUCACCCUGCAGUUGUGAGAACAAGGCCCAGAAAUGUGGGACUCAACAAUUCCAGGUCCACUGCCAACUCCAAUGCCAGUUCAAGCUCUGUGCUUUAUACUACUGUGGAGCAGAACGGACUAGACAAUGAUUACAUCAUUCCUUUGCCUGACCCUAAACCCGAAGGAGUCAAUGACAACCCUCAGGAGGGCUCCAGUAGUCGGGCAAGUUCUACAUUGAAUGAAGCAAACACAUCAUCUACUCUAUCCUGUGACAGCCCUCUAUCACAUCAGCAAGAUGAAGAAGAACAAGAACAAGAAGAACAAGAACUAAAGCCAGACUGCUAGGGUCACUAGAGCUCCCUCUGUGUGUGUGUGUGUGUGUGUGCGUGUGUGCCUAUGUUCCUGUGGCAGUAGUGCUAGGCAGUAGUGGUAGGGACUGCUAAUGAAAAACUUACACAUUCUUUCCUUCUUUCCUCUUCAGCCCAAAACAGAACCCAGAAAUAGCAACAUGUAACAAACUUUCCUGUCACUAAGAGUACAUCCCUACCUAACAAUAGGUUUGCAGUCCAUAUUAACAUAGGCAAAAUGUAUGUCAGGACCUAGCUUUUGUGGCUGCCAUGCUCCUUAAAAGGAAUGGUUUUCUUUCCAUUAUUUAAACUAGAGGUUGUGUUGGGGGCUGGUCCCCUGAGAGACCUUGCACAGAACACACAAAAUGCCAUUUAUUUUUUAUACCCAAAUGGUUUCUAAGGAUUUUCAGCUCAAGGAAGGGCUUUUCUCCCAGCAGCAGAUGACCCAACAUGCAAAUUUGUGGGCAUUUAGGGGCAAAAUGUUUUUUUAACCUAUUUUUUUAACCCUGUGGGCCAAAAACAUGGACCUGAGUGGCCUCAUGCAGUCUGCAAGGUACACUUUGUCCACUGCAGUCUGAACAGAGAAUUCAUUUUCCAUCCACACACCCCAAUCCCAAACCAAGAUAUUAUUCAGACUCUGUUUGAAAGGUCACUCUUCCUUAAAUAGCCCUCUGACCCUACUGCAAGGGGGGGGGGUAUAUUUAUGGAUCAAACUAGUCUCUGCUCUCUAUAAUAAAGCAUGCCCUAUUGUAUCAUAUGGGAAAAAGGCAUCCAGGGCCUCUGGUGUAAAUACCUUUCCUUGUUUCAUUUUCUGUUACUUGCAAGUUUAUUGUUCACACCAGGAGCUAUUCAGUUACUAGAGGAUCAGAGCUUUUAAAAGUUUGUCCUAAAAAUGUGGAUGGAUAAUGAUGUGUGCGUGAAUUUCUGUGUAUGUGUGUACAUGUGCUUAAAGCUCAACAAUGAGGCACAGAGAAGUGACUUAUCUACAGUUUUGGCCAAUUUCCCAGAAUUCUCCAUUCAGGGCAGUAUUAUGGUGAUGACCAUCAAAAGAGCAAACUCAAACAUUUAAAUUGAGCUGUGUUCUUUUUUUUUUCCUGGGUUCUGCAGUGUUUUAGCAGCAGGCCAAACAAUUUAGCAAUAAGGGUACAGUAUUGCAGGUACAAUGGAUUACAGGUACUUAAGGCUCUACAGUUGUCUAAACUGGACCUCAAAUAGUAUCUUCCUUGCCCAAGGCCAUACAGAACAAAUGGAGGCUGGCAGCUUAUGAUUCAAAUGUGGCAACAGCAGGACAUCCCAUUGCCAAGUUCCUCUGCGUAUGACAUAUUUUCAGCAUAUCACUAAUCUUACCAGAAUUCGUGGAACUGUCUGAGGCCAAUACAAGAAUGAAAAAUGCCUGAGCCGCUUGGGAAGACAGGCUUUCUGCUUGGAUGGAAGCAAACUCUUCACCUUGGAUGGACACCACUCAGUCUGCUAUCAGUAGAUGCACAAUCCUGAUCUUCUUCUAGUGGUGGGAAGGGGAGAGUUGGCUGGUACUUUCUGUGAAGAUGCAGAUCCAGGCAUUAUUAUAGAAGGAACCUUAUGAGAAAUAAGCAUUUGAGGAUAAUCUAAGGUGAGAAGACACCAGAUCCCAAAGGCACCCACCGAACCAUCUUUUUAAAAACCAAGUUAGUAUUUUUAAAUGAUCAAAUAGGUCCCUUUCUCUUGUUUUGGUAUGUCUUCUAUCUUUGCUGAUGUUACUGUGGUGAUCAGCUUUUGCCAUCAGAUGCCAUUUAGCCAAACAAGUGAUUAGUAAGUGGUUUGAAGUGUGAUUAACAGUCUAUUUUGUGUGAGUCAUGACAAUUUCUGUCAAUGUGCCUGAGGGCCAAACUAUGCGUAUGCAGAAUGAGGUGGCAGAUUUCUGUGCCACUACCAUCCCAACGUACUAUUGAUUCAAGGGUGGUAUCAGCCUCUGGAGUCAGUGGUAGGUUCUUUCUCAAGACAAAAAGACAGCAGGAUUUUGAAAUACUGGUGAAUAUACUAACCCGUCUCUUCCCUUGCACCAUAGUUAGUCUUAGUGGAUCUCUCUAGUGACCGCUACAUUAACUUGAAAAAAAGUGAAAUAGCGGACCAGACUUCAUGUAUUUUCUUUGUUGGUCCUCAUUCUGCCUUAUGUGUAGAUCAGCUCCAGCUUUACUACGGCCUCAAAGUCACCAGCUAGAAAACCAAGAACUGCCCUAGUUCUUUUCUGGCACUGGUGUCCCUUCCGUUUUACUAAAAUUGCAUACCGACUUGUGUUCCCAGCAUUUUGUUAUCAACCAUUUUGUAUAAUUUUGGACCAUCUUUUCAACUGUCUUCCAUACAGAAAUAUGGGCAGAGGAAAGCUUCUUUCUCCUGCUAGGGCAAUCUAUUUACCACUUUUGUCACAUGUGGGUGUUUUUUAAAAAAAACUGCUACUACUCCUCCAUUUUGUAUUAGCUCUUUUUCUAGCCAUUGUCAGUAUUUGUUUAUACAGAUUAAGCAAUAACCAUAGAACCAAGGAGUAUUUUUGAAAGAAGCUGCUAUAUAUAAAAGGAAGAGUGUCCAGAAAAGGCAUUCUCUAAAUCAUUAGCAGGAAGUGAUAGGAUUUUGGUGAAAUCAGAACUUGGUAUUUUGGACUAUAUUUCCCAGAAUAGUCAUGAUGAUUGAGGGAUUUUGAGGUGGAAGUCCUAUAAAAGGUACAUCUGAUUUCAUGUAAGUAACCAUCUUGGUUACUUAAUGGAUUUUAGUCUCAUCUGAAAAAUAUUCCAACAUUUUAAGAGCACAAUCACCAUUAAAGGCAUAUAGUGACUUAGCAAGAGCUGAAUCUGUGCCUUUACUUUCCCGAAGGAGUAUAGAACAACCUUGUUUGUCUUUGGCUCCACAUAGUGAUAUAAUCUUGGGCUUGACACCAGGGCAAGUAGAGUGACCAGCCAAGGUGAGGUCCACCACCAGUUAGUGCAACAUAGUCUAAAACAGUCCAAUUUCAACUUUUUCUUCAAACUGCUCCUCAAUCAAAAGCUGAAUGAUAUGGAAUUUGUCAUUAAGGGAGUGAAUCUAUGAUCACAGGGCAUUUCAUAUAGAGGCAUUUCAAAUGCUGGUCUGUUGGGCCCCCAGUUACCAGAAUCAUACCAGACAUAGUGGGUGCUACAUUCUCAAAGUUUCAUACUAGUAGAAAGCCCCAAACCACAUGGGAUUACAUUUGGCCACUGACAAGAUUAUAGCUCAGAAGAUAGUAAAUCAGAGUUCCAUGCUACUCCUAUAAGAUUUAUAGACAUAAUGCAGUCUCUUAUUCCUCCACCCCUCCCCCAAAAGUGGAUCACUCUUCCUUAGUUCUGUUUCUUCACAUUGCUGUCAUUGUGUCAUGCUUCAAUUUAUUUUUAUUUUUAUAACGGUAUAGAGAUGAGCCAAAACGGAAUCUUUUCAUUCCAAUGGAAACAUACUAAACUCUAGAAUGUCUCAAAUCCAUGUUUCAUGUUUAGUCUCAUCUCCUGGAGUAUUGCAUUUACCUUUCUAUAACAUUUUAAUUUACAGCUCUUGCAACAUUACAAACUCCAAUAUAUGCACCUUUUUCAACCAAUCACACCUGUUACAUAGCCAGAAUAUACCAGAAAAAAGUCACACUACAGUGUUUUGAAAUGCAUAUAAGAUUGAUGUAUAUACAGUUUUUACUUUUUGUCUUUAUCUUUUUUUUUUUACUGCUUUGUGUUUAUUAAGUGAGGGACAGAAAGUAGUGCAGAGUUAUAUUUUUGUUAUUGCUGUGUAAUCCAGAGCACAUUGGGCCUUGCAAUAAAUGUGUUGCCUUGUCCACUCUUCCAAGAGCCAAUAGGUCCAUCAUAGAUGGAAGGACAGGAAACAGAAGUGCAAUUAAGCAAUGAGAUGGAAGUUGGCCAAUUCUGGCAUAUCAAAGCCCUCCUCACCCACAUCCAACAUAGUUUCACCAGCUCCGUGAAACGAACAGACCAUUCCGUAAUGGUAUGUUUGAAAUCCACUGAGCUCCAAACUGGUGGUUAAAGUAAAGUUAGAGGAUCAAGGUGGUUCCCUUUUAUUUGCAAACUUCCACAGAUGUCCAAAUGUAAAGAUAACCCUUUCUCAGAUGACAUUUGCAAUUAGCCUUUGGUUCGAUCCAGAUUUUGCCUUUGCUGGAGUAGGCCCAUUAAAACCCAUAGGAUUUAUGUUGGUCCCAUUUACUCUAGUAGGUCUAUUCAAAGUACUGUACGUCUAAAUUGAGGCCUAAAUUUUUACCAUUGCUAUGUCUUUGUCUGAAUCCAAAAUGCAUAUUCCUUUAAAAUAAGCAGAAUGUUUUCAUUCUUGUUCUGGUGACAGUUCUCUGAAAAUGGGUUAAGUCAUAUUUAGUAGUUUAUGUGUACAUAUAUUAACCAUGUACAUAUAGCAUAGAGGGAAUUUGCAUUUGCCUUACCCCUGGCUCAAUUUCUAAGGGAUAUAAAAGGGGUGUUUGAUGUAUUGGUUGUGCCCCCAAAAGCUGGUGAUCCUGAAGUCUAGAUGGGAAUUAUAGCAGAUGUUAGAUUGCAACUUCCAGCAGUCCUAGUCAUGGCAAGGAAUUCUGGAAGCUACAAGCUAACAAUAUUUGGAGGACUACAUGAUUAUCAUUCCUAUCCUAAAGAAAAGACAUGGUGGUGGUUAAAUUGCCAUUCAGAGAGCAAAAUGGCCUUGACAGUGGCUUCCUGCAGGUGGCAAAUAAUGUUCUGUGACUUGGGAAUGUUCAGAAAGCACAACAAAACCAGAAUUAAUUUUCUCCAUUAUUUGCUACUGAUUAUAGUUCAAAGAGCGGGAACUGUUUGUACUUUAAUCUCACGAUUUGUCCCCAAUUGUUGCUGUUUGUUUUGCUUCCUGCAGAUUUUGUACAAAAAAUUAAUACCUCAUGCAAUUAGCCCAGAUUACCGUCACAUGAAAUCCCUCUUUCCAAUUAUUCCCUUCCUUCUCCCUGUUAAAAAUAUUUUAUUUGUUCAUUAAUUGCAUGCAGAUGCAUUCCUGAACUAGUUUAGCUUGCAAAUAUCUAUCUCAUUUUCAUUUUGGAAGAGACAGAGGAAGCUGUUUCUAAUCAUCUCCAAAGUUAGUAGAACUCGAGGUGUGAAGGUGAAGUGUCUCCAGGGGGAGGUUAGGCCUACAUAUUUCAGAUGGCAAUUGGAUAGAGGCCACAUUGAUUUCAUUCUGCACAUUUGCCAUUUCUUAUUGCUUUACAUCGGAUAGGUGCAUCUCUGAAGCACUCAAAGAGGAGAUGUUUGCAGAGGACAAUUAGACUGAUUCCUGAAUUACAUUUGCAAAUUUGAAUCACACUGUGUGUGAAAAGUGUGCACAUACACAAAUAAAAGUGGUGAGGAAGUGAUGUCCAUAUUCUCACCUGUACAUCCCACUACCCUCUGCUUGAUGUGUACCAGAUCCAAGAGGCUCACAACAUUCCAGGCCUCCAAAGCAACUUGCACGAGUCAACUUAGUUUUCAUGGCAGAAUCAUCAUGCACCCAGUUCUCUUGAACUUGAGGUUGGCGUAUUCACCCCUAACCCAGGUCCUUGCCUCCUAGCAGACCCAUAGAGAUUCUUCCCUACUUGCAGUGCUCUCUGAAUGGGAAAACAAGACCCCAUGAUGUUUUUCUCCCAUUUGAAUUCUUCCCUAAACCACCAUGGGGGCAAAAAUGUGUUUUGAACAAAGGUACCAAAGAUUUAGCAUUAUCCUAGGUUUACAAAUGUAUGUUAAGACUCAUUAAACCAUGUUUAUAUCAGUGAAAUACUAUUUUAUUCUGUAAACUUGACAUAUGUAUUUUUAAAGAAUGUUUUUUAAAGAAUUAAAAGAGCUUCUUUUUGAAA